AUGGGUUCACGACCAAAGCGAACGCUCCAAGGAGCAGCAAAAGAGAAGUCUGAAGCAAAAAAGGCCAGGACGGAGGCAGCCAGAGACCCGAUCCAGGUCCAACGAGACCACCUCGCUGCUGCCGCUGCGGCAUCUGGAACGAUAGACGAAGCAAGAACGCGCAUCGAAGGAUAUGAUCACAAGAACAAAAAGGAUAAAACGGGCAGAAUCUUGGAUGAAUGUCUAAAGGGGUUCCCGAAGGAGGGCCGAGACAAUCUGAUUGUUGACAUUUUGGGGCGGGAUGAUGAAGGGUUACAGACGCUUGCCAGCGAGAUCAGAAGCUGCAUUUUCAUUCCACUGAAAGCCAAAGGGGGCAAAACACCCGCCCCGUCACCGUCUCCAUCGGUCUCCUCAUCAUCGUCGACAUCCGGGAAAGGAAAAGAGAGCAUGAUAAAGCAAGCGACAAAGCCGCGGUCCCGCCAGGCGCGGCUAAAGAAGGCCUGCCUGGCCAGGGAUAGCAACCGAUGUGUGGUUUCGGGCACACACGAUGACAAUAUGGCCGAGGCUUUGCUUUCCACGUUGGAGCGAGAUAAAGUGCGGGCCGCACCUACGCAGUGCUGCCACAUUAUUCCGUAUUCGGCAGCCCCUGAGAGCACUGGUGAGAAUGUGGACACUAUCGACUUGCAGCAAAAGGCAAAGACCUGGGCCUACCUCUAUCGCUACUUUCCCCGAGUGAAAGAGCUGAUUGAUGUUCGCUUAGCGGGGGCCAUUGACACCCCACAGAAUGCCAUGACGCUUAUGUCAGACAUUCAUAGUAAUUUCGGCGAUUUCAAGCUUGCCUUUGAGGCUAUCGAUAUGAAGGAACACACCUACAAGCUACAAAGUUUCAAAUUCUUUCCCCAGGCAUAUGAAGUCUUCCUGCCAAAAGACCGCAUCGUCAAGUUUACUUCCGCCAAUGGAACGGACCUGCCCGAUCCAGACCUUCUGGCUUUCCAUCUCGCCAUUGCAAAUAUUCUACACGCUACUGGCAUGGGAGAAGAAAUUGAUAGGUUGAUUGAUGACAUGGAAGCGGGGGAGGAUCUACCAGAGGGAACUGGUCUUGAAACCAGAGUAAAUGAAUGGCUAAUGGCCACGGCAUAA